AUGAGCAUGCAGACCUCCAACGGCCAUAACCCGUCGCCUCAGAGCGCUACUACUACCCACCAUCACCACCAGCAGCUCCUCCGCCACGAUCACGACUCCGAAGACGGCCAUGGCUUCAACAGUGCCGACGAGAACGACAACGACAACGAUGUCGACCAGGACGAUCAGGACCCUCUGCGCCUGGGAAAGCGCAAGAGGCCCAUCUCCGUCUCAUGUGAGCUGUGCAAGCAGAGAAAGGUGAAAUGUGACCGUGGUCAACCUUCCUGCGGCUGGUGCAGUCGCAAUGGUGCCAUUUGCGAAUACAAGGAGAGAAAGAAGCCUGGUCUGCGUGCCGGCUACGGGCGCGAGCUCGAGCAGCGUCUCGACAAGCUGGAGGAGGUUCUCAGAGCGCACGCCGAGAUCCUCCAGGCCUCCCUGACCUCGGGCCAGCACCAGCAUCACCACGGGGCGCCGCAUAGCCAUGCCACCCCCAGCGUGCGCGCCAGCAACCCCAGCCUGCCUAGCGAUCAUGGCACCCCUAGGGAGAACAACGUAUUCCGACCCUCGGAACCUACUCGUACGCCGCAAGCUGAGACUGCCCUCUUCUUACAGAAACCUUCCACCUACCCCUCCACCUCGCAACCCAUGGAGUUUGGCAUGCCGCCGCCCACUCCCUCGAUGCACGAAUUCCAGCCUCAGCUACCCAUGGGCUCCAUGCCCGCCCCGAACCAGGUCGCCAACAUGCAGCAGCCCAGCUCGGCCGCGCAGGCCUACUACAACCCGAACCAGACGAACCAGCUUCACUCUCCCGACGUGCCCAUGACCCAGGCCGGCCAGAGCAACGCUACGCCGGACCAAGACCUUCCGCCAUACGAUUUGCUCUAUGCGCUCACAACACUCGACUCGCUGUUCGGGCCCACGACCGUCGAGGAGACGGAUCGCAUACUUCUGCAUGCCAUUGUGGCCACAACGCUGCGAUACUCGACCGACUCGAGGCUCACCGAAGAGAGCAGGGAGCACUACCACUCCAUUGCGAAACAGCGCGUCUUGCUCUACGGCAUGGAGCACUCGUCGGUCAAGUCGCUCCAGGCACUGGUCGUUUUGGCCCUGGAUCUGGUGGGCAGCAGCAACGGCCCACCUGGCUGGAACAUCAUGGCUCUCAUCACGCGCUCCGUCGUCCAAUUGGGACUCGCAGUCGAGAGCACCUCGUUCUCCGUCUCCCCAAACUUCACCUCGAUCUACACACUCAGAGCCAUGAUACUGCCGGAACCCAAAGACUUUAUUGAAGAGGAGUCGAGGCGACGCUUGUUCUGGAUGAUUUACCUUCUCGACCGCUAUGCGACUAUCGCCACGGCUUUCGAGUUUGCGCUCGACGACAAGGAGAUCGACAGGACGCUCCCUUGUCGCGACGACCUGUGGAUCAAGAACCAAAAGGUCGAGACGCGAUGGUUCAGGCUGCAGGAGCAGGAGGAGCCAAAUCCGGAAUACGAUGUCAAUAAGCCGGAGAACCUUGGUGCCUUCUCCUACUACAUUGAGAUUUUGGCCAUCCUCUCCAAGGUGCACAAAUUUCUCAAGCUGCCCGUAGACAUCAGCGCGCUGAGCGACGUCGAGCAGUGGCAGAUGCGCUACAAAGAGCUGGAUAACAUGUUGACGUCUUGGAAGUUUGGCUUGCCCGGGGAAUACGGAAACAUGGCCAAACUGUUCCAGCCCGGAAACAAGACACUCAACUGUGGAUGGGUCAUGUUGCACGCCACCUACCAUACCGCCGUCAUCCGGCUGCACUCGUCGGCGGCGUACCCCACAACCCGAUCUCCCAUAUUCACGCCCUCGUACAGCGCAUCUCAACGAUGCCAUGGUGCCGUCGAGAAUAUUGCCGCGCUCGGCGAGUUCGUCGUGAACAACGGCUUACUCCCCAAGCUGGGGCCUCCAUUCGCCUUUACUCUGUGGGUAGCGGCCCGUCUACUCCUAGUCCAUGGCUCGACGGUCGAACACAAGCUGUCACCGCAGAUUCAGUUUUUCGUUGACAGCCUGCGCGAGAUGGGCCGUUACUGGCCUGUCGCGGCGCGAUACUGCGAGCUGCUGCAGCGAGUGCUUGAUGAGCAUCGCGACAGCGAGCGCACCGGAGACGGUGUGACGCCGAGCUCAGUCAAGAUCCUCUCAGACAUGCGGCGCACCGCGUUCGACCUCGACUUCUUGAUCUCCAGGCAGCCGGGCCCCAAUGGAGUCAUCACGCACAGCCGCAUGCCGAGUGUGACGCCAGCACGAACGCCGGCGCCCAACGAGCUCGAGUACCUAGAUGUCUUUGACUUCUUCAACGUCCCAAGGCUGCCUUUUGGCGAGCAAAUUGCAGGUGUGCAAGGAAUGCCCCAGAACAACGGUGCACCACCAAGCAUGGAUGGCAGCAGCGGCGAUGCGCCUCAAGGGCCGCCACAGCCGCCGCCGCCGCCGAGCAACGAGUUCAACAUUACGAACUUUAUGGUCGAUGCCAACAGCGACUGGCUGUUCAAGCAGGAGGGUGGCAAGUACAUGUCUUGA